CGAUAUUCAAAUUUUCUAAUAUAGUUCUUGCCCACUCGUCCGCCAUUGGCUAUCGGCUCACCGGCCCACCGGCCCACCGUUGUUGGCGAGAAAGACAAAUUAAUCCUCAUGCAAGAGAAGUUCUAAUUAACGUGACUACCCGCUCUGAACGAUACGAUUUCCGUCGGGUUCCACGAACAUGUCAGACGAUUCGUCGUCCGAGGACGAGAUCACGAAACGGUUACUCAAAGAUUCGAUCGACACUGAUUUAAUGACCAACGAUUUGUACAAAGGCAGCGGCAUCGGUCAGGAACCGACAGAGGAAAUAAAAAGUUCUAGUUCUGUUUCAUCUAAACCAUCUCUGCGGUAUAUACUUGAAGAUGAUGGACAUGAUCAUAAUUUUAUCAAAGUUACUCCAGAAUUUCAGGAAUUUGUUGCUAAACACUUAUGCAAACAUUUAGAAAACCAAAUAAUUGAAAAAAAAUCAAAACAAAAAACAUAUCUAAAAGAUGGUAUCGAAGAUCAUUCAAAAGGUAUUUAUUUAUUCAAGGGAUCUUCAAAAUUACUUAAUUCCAUUACUAAUGAACCUACGAUGAAUAGAAAACGACAUCAUAAAUUUACUAGUGAUGAAGUUAUAUUGCAACGUGCUUCAGAGACAGCUGUAACACCAGAAUGGAUAUUAAAGAAAGAUUCUGUUCAAGGCUGGGCCAAAAUAACAAAAGGAAAAAUUAUGAAAGUUAAAAGUAACAAAGAAGGUUCAUUUGAUAUUAUAAGUGAUGAAGUUUAGGGUUGGUUUAUUUAUUUAAGCUAAUUAUGAAUAAGUAAUGUAUUAAUAUUGUACCAUUUUUGUUUUAUUUUAUUUAUUUUUUUUUUUUUUUUGAUGGAAUUAAAGUCAUACUAAAUUUCUUUAACUAUGAGCCCAAUAUGCACAUAAUCUAAAAUAUAACCACAAAUAAUAAAUUAUUUUUACAAAUCUUGAUUUUUAAGAACACAGUUAUUUUAUAUUAAUUAAAGUUCAACUAUAAUCAACUGUAUAUUAUUCAGCCUACUUUAACAUACCUACAGUUAACCCUUCACUGCAUGCAAAGACACUGGUGUACUGUAUUGUUUAAGUGGUUAUAGUAUGAAUAACAUGGUUUUUAAUGUUAUCAAUUAUGAAAAAAAAAAAAAAACAAGAAUUUAGAUUUUUUUAUUAAUUACUCAUAAUAACACCCAUAACUAAUUAAUAAUUCACGGCUACAACGAGUUUUGUCCAGUGGAUUUUUUUGGGUUACAAGAAUUAUGCCCUGAAGAAUAAAAUAUACAGGUACCAAGAUAAGUUGUAUGGACAAAUUGAUAUAUUUUUUAA